CAAACCGUUUUUCCAGCAGAUCUUUUUUGGCUCUGUCCUUGAAUAGAGAUGACAGCCGAAGGGUAGACGUGGAGAGAUUUCCUGGACUGACUCUCUUUUUAUUUUCACGUUUUUCUUUCUCACGUGACUUCCACAACAAAUUAUUCGCUUUUAUUAACAGCAGAGGCAUCGUUUCCUUCUAUUUUCAACAGGGCCUUGGGCCUCUUUAGCUUGAUCACAAUGGUACUUAUUCUGGGGAGAAGAAUGAAUCGGGAGGACUCUGGAGUCCGUGAGUCUCCAGCAGUCAAGCGAAAGGUUCUGGACAUGGACAACAAGUCCCUCGGUAGUCAUGAUGUUUUUGAUUUCUCCUCUGGCCCGUGCCACUCCGAGAGCAUCCUGCAGAUUUUUAAUGAAUUCCGUGACAGCCGUCUGUUCACCGACGUGGUGAUCAGCGUAGAGGGCCGUGAAUUUCCUUGUCACCGUGCCGUGUUGUCAGCUUGUAGCAGCUACUUCCGGGCCAUGUUCUGCAAUGACCACCGGGAGAGCCGUGAGAUGCUUGUGGAGAUCAACGGCAUCCGUGCUGAAGCCAUGGACAGCUUCCUGCAGUACGUCUACACUGGACGUGCCCGCAUUACCACUGAUAAUGUGCAGUUCCUCUUUGAGACCUCCAGCCUCUUCCAGAUUGGCACUUUAAGAGAUGCCUGUGCUAAGUUCUUGGAGGACCAGCUUGAUCCUUGCAACUGCCUUGGCAUUCAGCGUUUCGCCGAUUCGCACUCCCUCAAGCUGCUGGCCAGCCGCUGUCGUUCUUACGCACUACAGAGCUUCGCCGACGUGGCCCAACAUGAGGAAUUCUUGGACAUGCAUAAGGAGGAGUUGGAGGAGUACCUCAGCAGUGAUGAGCUGGCCAUUGGAAAGGAGGAGACUGUUUUUGAGGCAGUGAUGCGUUGGGUGUACUAUGAUGUGGAUCACCGCAAAAUCGUGCUGAAGGACCUGCUCAACCAUGUCCGCCUUCCCCUGCUGCAUCCAAAUUAUUUUGUGCAGACAGUAGAGGGUGACCAGUUGAUCCAAAAUGCACCUGAGUGCUAUCAGCUUCUGCACGAGGCUAGACGCUAUCAUGUGUUAGGCAAUGAAAUGAUGUCACCCAGAACCCGUCCACGCAGGUCUACUGGAUUCUCUGAGGUCAUUGUGGUAGUUGGAGGGUGCGAGAGGAUGGGGGGUUUCAACCUGCCAUACACCGAAUGCUAUGAUCCUGUUACCGGCGAAUGGAAGUCCCUAGCCAAACUUCCAGAGUUCACGAAGUCGGAGUAUGCAGUUUGUGCCCUCAGGAACGACAUUCUGGUCUCAGGGGGGAGAAUAAACGGCAGAGAUGUGUGGAUGUACAACUCUCAACUCAACAUCUGGAUCAGGGUUGCCUCCUUGAACAAGGGCCGCUGGAGACACAAAAUGGCCGUGUUGCUGGGAAAGGUGUAUGCCGUUGGUGGAUAUGACGGUCAGUCACGACUCAGCAGCGUUGAAUGCUAUGACUCUUUCUCAAACCGCUGGACCGAGGUAGCUCCCAUGAAGGAGGCUGUCAGCUCGCCUGCUGUCUCCAGCUGCGUCAACAAACUGUUUGUGAUUGGAGGAGGACCGGACGACAACACAUGCUCAGAUAAGGUCCAAUGCUAUGACCCUGAGUCUGACACCUGGUUGCUAAGAGCAAACAUCCCCAUUGCUAAGCGAUGCAUCACAGCCGUAUCACUGAACAACCUCAUCUAUGUUUCUGGAGGCCUGACCAAGUCCAUCUACUGCUAUGACCCAGUUGAAGAUUACUGGAUGCAUGUUGUGCACACAUUCAGCAAACAGGAAAGCUGUGGUAUGUCGGUAUGUAAUGGUAAAAUCUAUGUCCUGGGAGGCCGUGGUGAAACUGGAGAGGCAUCAGACACGAUCCUGUGCUAUGACCCGGCCACUGGCAUCAUAACGGGAGUGGCCUCCAUGCCUCGCCCCAUUUCCUACCACGGUUGCGUCACCAUCCACCGCUACAAUGAGAAGUUCUUUCAUUCAUGACACUACAAAACAAACACACACUGGGAAAUUGAUAAACUGAGCCUUAUUAUAGAUCAGAUUACAAUAUGAUAGCCAUGUUAGUACCAGUGUGUCACAGCCCCUCUCAGUUCACAAGGCUUGAGUUAGUGGAGACCAGUCAAUUACACCCAGUACAACGCAAAGUCUUAUUUCAGUGUAUAGUAUAAAAAUGAAUGCAUUGCUAUUAAAGACACACCAGAUCAUUUGAUGGAAAGGUGCCGUAUGUAAUUUUUGUCCCACUAGUUUGACCAAAUGGAAUUGCAAACAUGUCUGUUUUUAAAAAGGUUUCCCAAACCCUCCUCCCAUCUAACAAACACAUAGUCCUGCCCCAAACUAAUGCCAUUGGUUGAGCCAGUGUCUCUGUGCCGGACUAGUCAAGAUGCUCAAAUAAACGGAGCAAUGUUUUGAAAGUGCCACAUAGACAAUGUUUACAAAGGGCUUACUUACAGCUGUCUCUGCAUAUUAAACUGAGAUUAUAAAGUAUUUAAAUAACAAAAUAAUUACACCCUUCAACUUUUUAACUAUUUUACAUUCUUCCACAAUGAUGUUCAAAUAUAAAGGAUCGGUUUGACAGUAUCACACAGAUAAUGUACAGAUUUGCAUACUUUCAAAUCCUUUACCCAAAUACUCCCCCAAGUUGAUUGAUAACUGGUUGGCUGACAUCCUUGGAGGGCACAUUACAGUUUUUCUUCUUGUCAUCUGGGUCACCCCUCCUCCCCUUUAUCCAUGGGGUCAUUUAAAAACCAAUUUAUUUUUUUUUACUACAUUUAUUGUAUUUUAUUGACUGUAUAUGGUAUCAGUUGUUGUUUUUUUUGAGUGGGUGAAUGGUGUGAUUGGUUGGGCGAGUGUUUUAUUGCAAUGGACUCUAUAUAAUGGUAUAUAAAUGUGUGUGAGGGUGUGUGCGCGCAAGAGGAUGAUGGUGAAAUGCAAAACACGGUGGAACCGCUUUAUGUUCUCAUGCGUUAUGGUGUGUUGUCCAAUAGGUAUAUGGUAAACAAAAGACCUUCAGGCACCAGAAAGUAUGUCUAAUCUAUAGUGUUUAAUAUAAUGUUGCUUUACAUACAGUAUGCAUGUUUGUAUUCAGUUGAUAUUUCAUAGUAUUCAUUGUGGCUGUUAUGACACUUACCAAAACAAAUGCCUCUUUAUGAACACUUAUGUGUCUGAUAAAAUAGUUUUAUUAAUAGUAAUUGCAUCCAUAUGGAAUGUGAGCAGGCAAUUGGACUCUAAUUAUAUCCUAGUUAGUAUAUGGUUAUGAUCUGUGUGCCACAAGACUGUCGAGACUUCUCACAUUGCAUGUGAAAAACAUGCCUUCUCGCAUAUGGUGCAGGUCGUAGAGGAAGUGAUAUCAGGACACUGUUUAUAAGUGAAUCAUUUAUGUGCUUUGACUUUAAGUUAUUUAUUCUUGGUAGCAGUCUGAAAGCCCCAACCAGGCACUUAAGUCUUUCUUUAAUAUUUCUCCGUAACCCUAAUGUAAAUAUGAGUUUGAUCCCUCUUCGGGUUUACUGUAUCAGUAAGUGUUUGCAAGGGUCAUUUCACAAAACUCAUCCGUUUUUCUUUUAACGGUAAUCUCUGCUCAGAUCCUCAGUGUUUGUGUGCACAGAACAGUGCAGAGAAAAUGACUUGGCUGCAAAAGAUUGUGUGUGUGUGUGUGUGUGUGUGUGUGUGUGUGUGUGUGUGUGUGUGUGUGUGUGUGUGUGUGUGUGUGUGUGUGUGUGUGUGUGUGUGUGUGUGUGUGUGUGUGUGUGUGUGUGUGUGUGUGUGUGUGUGUGUGUGUGUGUGUGUGUGUGUGUGUGUGUCAUGUAUGACUGGGAUUCUGAGACCAGUGACGUUAGAUUUGUUGCCUGCUUUUAGUUAGCAGGAUUUAUUUUAGCUUGUUAGCUGCAAGACCACAAGACGUAUACAUUGUUUGAGAUAAUCUGGGAAUUCACUACACACACAAAAACUGCAACAAAACAUGGCCUUUUAUUCUUUUACCUUUUUAUAGUCAGAAUUAGCUUUUUUUUUUAUGUUUAGUUUGUCUUCUAAAUAAAUGUAUGGCGUUGUGGGUGAGUUUUUAAGCAUCUUUUGUUUGAGUGUGACUCUUUCUGAUAAGAAUUCUUGUUUAAGUUUUUUUUCUGAGAAUUUUCAGUGGUAAAAGCCAUAGUCUUUUUUUUUUUUUAAACCGUUCUUCUACACUUUAGGGUAUUUAGCUAACUGUAAAAUGUAAACUGCCAAAGAAACAUUUGAAAUUGUAUAUGUUAUUGUGAGAAUGUGCCUUUAGCACUGAUUACAGAUUACAGUUAAUUUGGCAGAGGAAAGUGCUAAAUUAAGACAAUAUUACUCAAGUGCAUUAAAAGAGAAUAGGCCUACCGUUUAGUGCCUUGUGGCAGAAUAAUAGACUCUUGACAACUAGCCAAAGAUGAUUGAAUGGUUCUGUCUGAUCAUUUAUGCGCAAUAUUGUAAGAGAUGUGUCAUAUGUGUAAAACUGUCCCUUAAAAUCUCUUGCUGUUUUAAGUUCUGGAAAUGUACAAGAGCUUAAUAUGGUGUAUAUGCAUAAAUUUUCUUCAAUAAAGCAGUUUUUAGUAUGAA